AUGUGUCAACGAUUAUAUAAUUACUCAUUAGUAAUUUACGUAGUAGUAAGUUUAUUAUUAAUAAUAAGUAGUGCCGAGGAAUCGGAAAGUUGGUCUGACAGUUUGAAUAGAUUAUUAAAAAAUUGUGCAAAUAAUUACAAUAAUAAUAACAAUCAUAUAAAUAAUGAAAAAAAUGAAUUUUUGGAUAAUUUAAAAUACUGUUUGCAAAAACGUGCUGUAAUUGCAAUGGAUGCAUUUUUCUCUGAAGAAACAAUUCCGGUUUUGAAUGGCGUCGACUUUGUUAAAUUUAAUGAGAAAAAUUCAACUGAUAGGAAAAGUCAAUCAAUACUUUUUUCUCGGGCUGCUGGUAAAACAUGGCCACAAAUAGUAUUCAGUCGCUUUGCCCGAUUAUUUAAAACCCACGUCAUUAAAAUUGAUAUUGACCGAAUUAUAAAUCCAGAGGCAUUUGUUGAUUCAAACUCAAAUGACGUCAUCGAAGGACGAAGACGCCAUCACAGAAGACGCAACCAUUUGAUGCCCAUGUUAAUGAUGGGAGUUUUGGUAAUGGGAUCAGUAUUGAUACCAAUGGGAUUCCAAUUUCUCGCAGUACUAGGAGGCAAAGCUCUUCUUCUUGCAAAAUUAGCUUUGAUGUUAUCGUCAAUUCAGGGAUUAAAAAAAAUCGCAACCAAUGGGGUUAACUAUGGAUUAUAUCACGCACCUGUUUCCGAUGGAUGGCACGAACGCAGUAGUCGCCCAGAACCAUUAGGGCCAUUCGACUUACCUUAUGCUGCUUAUGCUCGUCAUUAA